UGCCCGCGCCGGUGACGUCACUACUCCGCGCCGGCGGCACGUUGGCCCAGCGGCUAGUGGGCUUUACCGAGGGCAAAAAUGUCUAUGGGUAGUGAUUUCUACCUGCGGUACUACGUCGGGCACAAGGGCAAGUUUGGCCAUGAGUUUUUGGAGUUCGAGUUUCGGCCGGACGGGAAGCUUAGAUAUGCCAACAACAGCAAUUAUAAAAAUGAUGUGAUGAUCAGAAAAGAGGCCUAUGUCCACAAGAGUGUAAUGGAAGAACUGAAGAGAAUUAUUGACGACAGUGAAAUUACAAAAGAGGACGACGCUCUGUGGCCGCCCCCUGACAGGGUUGGCCGGCAGGAACUUGAGAUUGUAAUUGGGGAUGAACACAUUUCUUUUACCACAUCAAAAAUAGGUUCUCUUAUUGAUGUAAAUCAGUCAAAGGAUCCCGAAGGCCUCCGUGUAUUUUACUAUUUGGUACAAGACUUGAAAUGCUUAGUGUUCAGCCUCAUUGGUCUACACUUCAAGAUUAAGCCAAUUUGAAUUGGAUGUUUCUGCAGUUAUUUAUAUAUUUAAUUAAAGGAAGGGUUUUUCUAUUGACAAUUUUGGGAUUUUUAUGAUUGUGAAACUUUUGUAUAUAAACUCAAUAUAUGAAAAAAACCAGGUUACAUGUUUUUCAUUUCUUGGCUCCACAUAGAAUAGACAGUUCCUAUAUAUAAUUGAUUCUGUAAAUAAAAGCCACUUUUUGUUGAAAUUUUUGCUCUAAUAAACCGUACCAAAGCCUGGA